CUCUCUGACUGCUCUGGCAUUUUUGAGAGGGUCUGUUUUCCUGGCCUCUGUAGGUUUCCGCCCAUUGGCAGGAAGGGGUCAGCCUGUCCUAGAGAUCGCUCCUCCACCGAAGAUCCCAACAAGACAACAUGGCUCCCAAGAAGCCUGAGCCUAAGAAGGAGGCGGCCAAGCUAGCCCCAGCGCCAGCUCCUGUGCCAGCCCCGGCCCCAGUCCCCGAGGCCCCCAAGGAACCUGCCUUUGACCCCAAGAGUGUAAAGAUCGACUUCAGUGCUGACCAGAUCGAAGAGUUCAAAGAGGCCUUUUCGUUGUUUGACUGGACCCCGGCUGGAGAGAUGAAGAUCACCUACGGGCAGUGCGGGGAUGUGCUGCGGGCCCUGGGCCAGAACCCCACCAAUGCCGAGGUGCUGCGCGUCCUGGGCAAGCCCAAGCCCGAAGAGAUGAAUGCCAAGAUGCUGGACUUCGAGACGUUCUUGCCCAUCCUGCAGCACAUCUCCCGCAACAAGGAGCAGGGCACCUACGAGGACUUCGUGGAGGGGCUGCGUGUCUUCGACAAGGAGAGCAACGGCACGGUCAUGGGCGCCGAGCUUCGGCAUGUCCUUGCCACCCUGGGAGAGAAGUUGACUGAGGCUGAAGUGGAGCAACUGUUGGCUGGGCAAGAGGAUGCCAAUGGCUGCAUCAACUACGAAGCCUUUGUCAAGCACAUCAUGUCUGGGUGAAGCAGAUUCCUCCAGGUG